AAGAUAAAUUCAACAUGAAUUCUUUAUAUUUUUAUAUGAAUUUUUUCCGAGCAUUAACAGUAAUGUUAAUGAAACAUAACUUCAACUAUACGCUUUUUUAUAUAUUUGCACAUUACGUCGUUUUUAAAUUGAAAAUAUUAACUGACACAACAUUUAAUUGGAACAUUUUACCUAAUAAUGUUUUUAAGAACCUUUUGAAACAGUUUUAUAAUCAAGACAAUAAUUAUGUAGAUUGUAAUUCUUGUUUAUUAGCAAAUAUUAAGUACUUUAAAGUGUCUCUACCAACUUGGUUUUAUGUAUGUUCCAAAGUAACUGUAAAAAAAUAUAAAACGUUAAUUAUUCCCUCAAAUGAUACUUACGCAAACAAAAUAUUUGCAUCUGAAAUCAUGAAACAUAACAUAGAGAAUACGUUACAUUGUAACAUUGAAAAAUGCUUUUUACUACCAGUAAAAGAGAACACAAUUAACUUUGCUAAAGAAGCAAAAGUUUCUAUGAUUUCAAAUCCAUACGAGAUUACAGAUAACUUGACAAGUAUUCUAUUAGAAAAUUACUUUUCUGAACCUCGAUUUUUAAGAGAGAACGAUAUAUUUGGUAUUGAUGUAAAGGAACAUGUAUCGGAUCAGAUGUAUUUACACAUAAAUUAUUUAAUGUCUAUUAUAUAUUUCAAAGUUAAUACUAUUGUAACCAAGGAUAAAACUUGUACAAACGGUUGUUAUAUUUUACAAGGAGAAACAACGCUUAUUCAAGAACCUAAUGUGCAUAGUUAUCUACCUGAAAAAAGUUCCUACUACGAUGAAAGCAAAGAAAAGUUAAUUGAAUUAUAUCCAUUGGGUGUUGCUGCACCUUUGGAACACUUGGAACGUUGCAUCUUGCCUUUUAUUAAAUAUGAAAUUCAGUUACCCAUAAAACCAGUAUUUCUUGUUAAGGGCUCGCAGGGUUCAAACAAACGCAAAUUAAUACAAAUAUUAACUGAAAAAAUCGGUUUGAAUUGUCUAAAUGCCGACUUUGCGGAAGUUCAAGCUUUAACAUCAGCCCAAACAGAAGCCAAGCUACGUAUCGUAUUGCAUAAUGCAGAACAAUCAGUACCGUGUAUACUUUGUUUAAAUAACAUAGAGGUCUUUGGGAAAAAUGCUGAAGGUCAAAAAGAUGAAAGAAUAAUAUCAACAUUUUUGACUGAACUAAAUUCAUUGUACGAUAAACGGUUAAAAUAUCCAGUUAUUAUAGUCGCUACUACAAAUGAAUCUGAAAUAUCAUCAGAAUUGCAGAGAAUCUUUAUCGAAACUAUUCAUAUGGAUCAGCUGGAUCAAAAGCGAAGAACAGAUUUAAUUUCAUGGUUACUCGCUAAACGAGAUAUCAAGUAUCAAAUAAAUUUGUCCAAAGUAGCCGGUAUAUGUUCGGACUUAAGAUUUUUCGAUUUGUCAGCGCUAAUACUACACGCUGUAAAAUUUUAUUGUAAGAAUAACAGGGCGGAUGUAAAAUCACUCGUACUUGAAGAAGAACAUUUUGAUAAAGCUUAUGAGUAUGUUCAAUCGAUAUAUACCGACAGUAAAGGUGCGCCACGUGUACCAAAAGUUUAUUGGGAAGACAUCGGUGGCUUAGCGAGCUUAAAACAUGAAAUAAUGCGCAGGAUUCAGUUACCUUUAAUGAACGCUCUAGGUUUUGGUCAGUCUGGGUUACUUUUAUAUGGACCACCUGGUACCGGAAAAACGCUACUUGCCAAGGCUGUAGCUACGGAAUAUCAGCUUCACUUUUUAUCUAUCAAAGGUCCCGAGGUGUUGAACAUGUAUGUUGGUCAAAGUGAGAAAAAUGUUAGGCAAGUGUUUGAAAGAGCAAGAGCUGCAGCUCCAUGCAUAAUAUUUUUUGACGAACUCGACUCUUUGGCUCCCAAUCGUGGACGCAGCGGUGACAGCGGAGGUGUAAUGGACCGUGUCGUAUCUCAGUUGCUCGCUGAAAUGGAUGGGCUCGACUUUUCCAACAAUAUAUUCAUCAUAGGAGCUACAAAUAGGCCGGAUCUCAUAGACCCUGCACUUCUCAGACCUGGUCGUUUCGAUAAAUUAUUAUAUGUAGGGAUUCAUUCUGAUCGUGAAUCACAGCUUAAUGUAUUGAAAGCGUUAACUCGUAAAUUCAAAUUUCGCGAGAACGGAGAAGAAUUGACAAAACUAAUAGAUCAGUUACCUGAUCGGACAACUGGUGCAGAUUUGUAUUCCGUUUGCUCGAAUGCAUGGUUAAAUGCUGCACGUAAAGUCCUCCAUGAUGAACAUGAUAAUCAAAAUACAUUAACAGACAAGUCUGCUUCUAACGAGGCCGUGUUAAAUGAAUGUAUUGCCGUAGAAUUUGAAGAUUUGUUAAAGGCUGCACGCGAGUUGGUUCCUUCGGUUAGCAGAGAGGAAGCAGAUAGAUACAAGAGAAUGCAGAUGGAAUUAUCAUCGUCGUGAUAAUACUUAUCGAUGUUUUGAGAAGUAAAGCAUUAGGUUCAAACAAUGUUCAGUCUUAUAAACGAAGAUGUUAUUUUAUUCAGGGAAGUAUGUAAAACAAUUUUCACAGCGAAUAAUUAUAUCAUAAAUGAUAUCUCUAAUCUCUAUCCUAGAUAUUGCACCAAAUGGGGUUACUCUUAAUGCUAGCUGUGCGACGAAGAACGUAACGGUACCGAAAUUUCUCCUCGAUGACGGUGGAUUCUUUAAAACGUUCCUAUUGAAAACGUUUAAUUACAAUACAAUAUAAUUACAAUCAAAAUAUGGCAAUGUAGAAAAACGAGAUAGCUUUACUUUACUGACUUCUUAAUUGAUAUCGUAGAAUUUUAUUGCGAAGACUAAAGGUAUUCACUUUUCGUGGAUAUUGGAUGAUUACUUUCGUGCAAUCUCAGUUAAAAAAAAAAAAAAAAAAAAAAAAAAAAAAAAAAUUUCGCAAGG